AUGAGAACUCCCUGUUUGGCAUUCCGGCCCAUCCCAGUCACCCAGCUCCCUUCCACUCAGAACACCUGGACCUUACUCCUCACCCAGGUCUUCCUGCAUCACUAUCUUAGAGCGUGGGCUUGUCCUUGUAGAAGAGACAUUAAAAAGAAUCGCGUGACUCUUGCUUUGUCACCCAAGGGCGUGUCCCAGCACCUAGCAUUUCAGAUACCAGCACGUUUCACUUCCAGUUCAGAAUCAACCAAAAAUGAGAUCUCAGACUCUACAUCAAGAAAGACAGCUAUCUCUCAAUGUGAUGAGAGUUCUUUUUUGUUUUUUUUUUCUAUUAUUGUGCUUUUUCUUGUUUUGUUUUCAGUGGGACUUUCUUAG